AUGAAAGUCACGAUAGCCGAAGGCCCCGGUGUCCGACAACUCAAACUCAUCGGCUCGCCGCACGGCUCAACAUCGACCACAUCCUCCUCCCGAUCAGACCACUCGUCCAACGACGCACUACAACCCCCCAACGCAUCCUACCCUUCCCACUCUCACUCCCACUCCACAUCGCGCGCGCGGUUCAUGCGGAACAACACGAUGCUCGGACGGUGCAUAUACGAAGUAUGGGACGCGAGCUUGAUUGGCCCCGCCAUUGAGCGCGCGUUUGCGGGCGAGCGGGUCGUGCAGGAGAUGGAGAUUGAGGGAAGGUGGUUUAGGACGCAGUGUACGCCGAUGAGGGAGGAGUGGGACGUGUAUGCGGAUGGUGGUGGUGGUGGUGUUGUUGGGCCUGGUGCGGUCGAUCAGGAGGAGGAUAGGCGGCCUGUGGUUGGGGUUGUUGGGGUCAGCGUGGAUAUUACUGAGAGGAAAAUUGCUGAAGUCAAGCUUCGAGAAUCGUUUGCUGAACGGUCGAGGCUUUUGGCUUCCGAGACGGCCGCCAAAGAGGCCAGCCGACUGAAAUCUCAAUUCUUGGCCAACAUGUCUCAUGAAAUCCGAACACCGAUCGCAGGCGUAAUCGGCCUGUCCGAACUACUCUGCGACACCAACCUCAACCCCGAACAACGCGGAAUAGCCGAAAACAUACAAAGAUCGGCAGAUGCGCUAUUGACAGUGAUCAAUGACAUAUUGGACUUUUCAAAGGUUGAGAUGGGCAAGUUGGAUAUUGAUCAUAUUCCAUUCUCCCUUGGGAUUGUGAUAUUGGAUACUAAGAAGAUGCUUUCUUUUGCUACGAGUAAAAAGGGCCUCACAUUUAGAGAAGAAGCCAAUCUUGCCUAUACCGGACGAGUGAUGGGUGACCCAGGAAGACUACGUCAAGUCCUCACUAACCUCCUCACAAACUCGAUCAAGUUCACCUCCGAGGGAUCCAUCACCUUGCGCGCCGUCGAAGAAUUCGAAGACGCCGAAACCGUGCGUGUGAGAUUCUCGAUCGAGGACCAAGGCGUCGGGAUCGCAGAGUCGAUUCGUCAGCGGUUGUUCCAGCCAUUCUCGCAGGCUGAUUCAUCCACCGCUCGAAGGUACGGAGGUACUGGACUUGGAUUGACCAUUAGCAAAAACCUGGUCGAGCUGAUGGGUGGCCAUAUUGGACUUGAAUCUAAGGAGGGCCAAGGAACUUGCGCCUGGUUCUCCAUACCGUUUCAAAAGGCCCAGGACGAGGGCAAACCGUCAUUGUACGAGCUCUCGAUGGAGGAAACGAUCGGUGCGCAAAGUCCAAUGACACCACAAACGAACAACGGAUUGCUAGGCUCCAACUUGGUCAACGGGAUGGCACCCAGGCCAUCUGGAUCGCUGCAACGCCCACGUCAAAGCAUAUGGGUCCUGGUCGCGGAGGAUAACUUGAUCAAUCAGCAGAUUGCGCUAAAGACGUUGCGAAAAAUGAACUUUAAUGCGGAAGCCGUGGAUAAUGGAAAAGAAGUCUUGGCUGCGAUAGAGAGGCGGACGUACGACUUGAUCCUCAUGGACUGUCAGAUGCCCGAAAUGGAUGGGUACGAAGCAACAUUGUGUAUCCGCCAACUGGAAUCGGCAGAAGCACGCUCGGUACCAAUCAUCGCCAUGACUGCGUCCGCCAUUCGAGGAGACAAAGAAAAAUGUCUCAAGGUCGGGAUGUCCGACUAUCUCUCGAAACCGGUCAAGCGACAAGCGCUGGAGGCAAUGCUCGUUCGAUGGCUUUACGACGAAACUUAUCGGCAGGAGCUUUCUCGCUGGUUCUCACCGCCGCCUCAACAUUCAGCUUCUUUAACCUCGCCUUAUCAUAUGCCGACAUUGGAAUACGAGUGA